AGGAAAGCUCCCCUCCGCCACAGCAUCGUGCAUUAGUAGGAGGAGGGGAAAUGGGGGGGAACUCAAAGCACACACGCCGAUAAGGUUUCUUUUUUUUUUUUUUCUUCCCCCUAAUCUCUCCUCCUGCUCCUGCGGCUGGAAGAAGAAGAAAAAGAAGAAGGAGUCGAUCGGGAUGCUGAGGUAGCGCGGGAUGCUGUGGAGUGGAGACGCCGUGGGAGGAAGUCUCAGAGAGAAACAGGAAUGGCUUCCCCGAAGCUGCUUCCCGCACAGGAGGCAGGCGAGCAGUCCGAGCUGAACCCAGAAGCACUCGACCGGGUUUCCGGUGUGCAGCACGCCCGGAAGUCGGCCGGAUCAACAGGAGAGAGGCUCCCCGGGGAGGGCGGCUGCGCGCCCGCCCGCGGCAGCGGCAGCCGCGGCCGGUGCCUUUCAGCACCGAGGACAGCGCAGCGCAGGGCGGGAGCGGAAGGGAAGCUCUGCCCUCCCCCCGGCGGCGAGGAGAAGCUCCGAGUUUGCUGCGACGAGGAAUUGGAGACCUCCUUCACCUACAUCGACGAGAACGUCAACUUGCGACUGGCCAGCCCGGAGACCGGCUGCAAAACUUCACACAGGCCCGUCCGCAACGGCGAGCCUUGCUCCGAGACUCUGCCGGAGCUCUCGUUCAUGUCCGAGGACGACCUCUCCUUCGGCGAAGGCUCCGGCAGCUCCGUGGACUACGGCUUCAUCAGCGCGGUCACGUUCCUGGUGACCGGGAUCUCCCUGGUAAUCAUCUCCUACGCCGUGCCGCGGGACGUGGAGGUGGACCGCGACAGCGUGUCGGCGCGGGAGAUGGAGCGGCUGGAGAUGGAGAGCGCCCGGAUAGGCGCCCACCUGGACCGCUGCGUGAUCGCGGGACUCUGCCUGCUGACGCUGGGCGGUGUCGUGCUCUCCACGCUGCUCAUGAUCUCCAUGUGGAAGGGGGAGAUGUACAGGAGAAAGCUCGUGGCCUACUCCAAGCGCUCGGCCAAACUGUACGGCUCCAUCAGCCUGAAGACAAGAUCCAGCCCCAGCCACUCCUCUGCCCGCUUGUCCCUGGAGGACGAGAUGGUGGAGACUUUGGCUUAAGCCUCCGCUCUGCAUAGAAACGCUUGUUUGUUUUGAACAAGGAUUAACGUCAGCCACAACUGCUGAACUAACUAUUACAUGUAAGACCCUACAAUGGUAGGGAAUGGGCUGAAUGUAGGUCCUAGAUGUGUUGUAGUUUGAACCUAUGUUCAAACACAGGGCAGUUUGAACCCAAUGGUAUUAGUGAUGAGUUUUUUGCUCAUCACUAAUACCAAAUCAGCCUGAGCAAAAUGAACGAGGUCCACAUGGGUGAAUCGCCACAGCUAACAAUUUUCUGCCAAUUUUGGGGCUUAUAUGGGUUCCACAUUUAAGACAGACCAUAGAAUAAGCUGUUGAUUAGGGUUUCCAUGCCAACACGAGUCUGUCAUUGGGGGGGACGCAUAUCGGUGAAUAGCUUGAGCAGAAAUGUAAGUAAGGAAAGCUCUGGGUAAGUAACGCCUUACUCUAAUCUGACCCCUUGUUUCAGUAACAGGUAUUCUAACGCGUUACUAUUUACAAUCCAAUAAACAGAUUAAAGUUAUGCAUCCACGUAGUAUAAUGACUGUCAUUCCAGGACUGAACACUCACUUUAUCAUUUGCCUCACAACUAGCAAGCUAAAUACUCUGGUAGCGCACACAAGCUACCAGAUUCUGAUCUAUGUUAUUGGUCAAAAGACAUUUGAUUAUUGGUCAAAAUGCACUGAUAUAAGUUGACUGGCAACUGAACAGGUUCUGCCUCUUUCUAAAACCAAAGUUUGAAAAAAACACAGCUCAUAAAAUAGGACUCAACAGUUUUAAACUCAAUACAGCAGUUUGACCAACAAAAAUAAAAUCUGAAAAAGAAGUCUUGUUCAACAGUUUGAUCUACAAAAUAAAUAAAAAUGAUACUUUUCACAUCUAACAGACACCUUAGCUCCUCACUGAUAACUCGGUCUCACUUUACAGCCCCUGCAUUCAGCAACUUACCAAACAUGAGCCAUAAAAAACACUAGAGGCAAAAAAGCCUAAAUGUUUUUUUUCUCCUGUCAUUUCAGCCACAAACAUUUAACUAAAAUAUCUACUGAUAUGUGUUCCUGUCUCUGCUUCCCUCUGACUCUCUGCAGCCUGAUGUCCCUGCAUAGAUUCAUGUAUUUACAACAGACACUACAGUAAUGUACAGUGUCAGAAUGUGAAUUAACUAAAUAUGUUAAAAAAGUAUGUUUUCAUCAUACAGAAUGAGAAUUUAAACAACUUAACAAUUUUCAGAUGUAUACAUUAUUAUACAUCUCAACUCGAUUUACUGUGUAACCCGUUUCUGAUAGCAAACAUUUUCACUCAUUUAUUUUUAAACCUCUACUCAAGCACUUUUCUUUUCAUGUCUCCUAACCAAUUACCCUUACAGUGUGGAAAUAACGAAAAAACAUUGAAAUGUUGAAAGAAAUCAACCUGACACCAGUCAUGAUCUGUUCUCCUUUCUGGUUCUAUUAUAAUUAAUAUAAUUUUUACAUCUUCACAUCCUGAAACUCCCCCUGGCUCGCCUGUGUCUUCCCUGACCUGCUCUUCUAGUCAUAAAAUAGUUUAGUUUAUUUAAAAAUUAACACUGGUUAAUACAUAUUUCAAUAAACUAAAUGAAGACCUCACCAGCUUCUUCACCUUUCUUCAACAACAUUCUAGCACUGCAAUUCUCCUCCUGAGUAUAUAAUAUAAUAUAAUAUAAUAUAAUAUAAUAUAAUAUAAUAUAAUAUAAUAUAAUAUAAUACACAUGUUAAGUGGUCGAGUAUAAUCAGGUGUUGUGUAGCCAUUGCUCACUUUAAAUAAUUAAAAGGCUCAUUUUGCUGCUGUUUAAGUCUCAUUGUGAUGAAAUAAAACAUUGUGGCUAAAGCAGCUAACUUCUUGACAAAGUUAGCAGUAAAAUUUUGGACAUUGUGACUAUUCCAGAAUUAAAACGGCUUAACCAAAAAUAUUUAGUCCUAUACAUAAAAGUAAACUGACAGCAAGAUAUUAUUAACAAGCGAUAUUCGUGGCAACAUUCCCGACAGACCGUGUUACCUCGUUCAUUCGGUAAAGUAUUGACUCCCGCUGCCUCCUCCCGCCUUUAAGCACUCUGAGCCGUUCAGAUGGGGGAGGGGGAGGAAGCGCUGUGCUGAAGGCGCUGUGGUGCGCCUUCAAAAUAAAAGCACGCGAGUGGAAGAUUUCAAAAUUCUUCGCAACUGCGGUGAAAUUAUUGGGUGGGACGAAUGUGACUGUCUCCAAUAUUGGGGGGACACGUACCCCCCGAGCACUAGACCUACCUAUGUGGUAAAUUACCCCCAGUCAGCAGGUAUGUGGGCCAAUCAUGGACUUUGCCCAGGCUGGAUGGGCACUAAGUAGGCAUGUCUUCUUCUGAAGGAUCCAAAUGGGUCAACUUGAUAACUGAUGUCAGCAAAACAACUCUCAUUAAAAACAAAUAAUUUGAGUUUUAUUAUUAUUGACUUUUUAAACAAUAAGUCAAAUUCCAGUCAACACUUCUAGGGCCAUGUGGAUGUUACUUUGUGUCCAGAGUUGAUCUAACUUACUGUAUAGGUAAUGAAGAUGCACAGGUAUGUAAACCAGGGACUGUCCCAAUACAAGCCAUUUUGUCACCCCAUUUCCUACCUAUAGAGUCCCAUAUGUAAAUCAAGUGAACUAGGCUCCAACCAGCCUCAACGAACAUUUCAAUUCUCACACAGAUUAAAGAAAAUAAAAUAAUCUAAAUUGUGAUUAGUUUCAAGAAGAAUAACCUUACAUUUAGAUUCACAUUCACAAAAUUUACUAAGGAUUAAAAGCAUCAGCCAUAUGCUGUAAUGUUUUUGAAAAGACAACUAAUUCCCUUUUUUUUUUCUCCAAAAACUAAAUUGGUCUAUCAAAUAAUUUAAGAAUGUCUGCUUCAUUUAGGUUAAUCUGCUUCAGGUUUCAUUUGUCUGCAUAUUUUUAUGUCUUUUUUUUUUUUUUUUUGCCUCAUUUCAAUUCGUUUCUAUUGCCAAAAACGCAGUAAAAUGUCCCCUUUUGUGUUUUCACAAAAAAUAAAAUAAAAUAAAACUUUCAUGAAACUGACACUAAUCUGUGUUUUGGAUUUUGAAACAGACAUAAUUAAAUGCAGUCGGGAGUCAUUAAAGUACCAAACGAUGACGCUACCUUCAGCGUUUUAAGCGGUAAAUGGUCACAGUUUCUUCAUGACAAACAGAAUUUACUGUUGGUGGAGAUGCUGAUGGAAAUUCAUGUAUUCAGACAGCCGAACAAUUUUAUUAGUACAAAUUAAAAAAUCACAACAUUACCUACUCACAACUACAAAUUACAAAAUACAACAUAAAAGAAGAAAUGGGAGAGUUGGAAAACCUGAGCCAUUGCUGACUGGACAACCUUUGCCACCGGAAAGUCGCGUGUUUGUUGAAAAUCUGAAUUUCAACAAAUGUAGCAGUAGGUACAUGAUGGAUACAUAGCUACCGCUAGCGAGCCUAAACUGCUUCAUUCUUUUUGGCAGUUCAGGCAAUACAAAAUACGGUGACGUUUGCCUACCUGUCUGUAGAGAUCAAACGGCAGUAUAAUUUUUGGUUCUAAAGUCAAAACAGCGACAUCUCAGGUAUCCCCCUCUGCCUUUUCUGUUUUGUAAAUGUCAUUGUGUUUUCUUCAUUUGUAAUUGGGCCUAGUUAGUAUUGAUGUGUUUUAGUCGUUUGCUGAUGUGGUUUGCACUUCGUGGCCACCGUAAAUUGUCAUUUUUUACUGUCGCGAGAUCUCGAAUCGUGAAAUUUCUUAACUCUCUCCAUUUUUAGCCAUCCCAGGAUAAUUCCACUUAUUUGUCGUUUGUUAAUUGUUUCUGAUGUCUGCCACCAAGCUGGUGGCGGACAUCAUUGUGCGGUUCAAAUUGUAACCGCACAAUGAUCAGAGGCAAUUUUCGAAAAAUUGCCAAAUGACACUUUUAAGCACAGCGAAGCUAAUUGGCGCCUCCUGCCAGAUUCUACUGAAUCUGCAAUAAAAAGCUGCAAUCGGGAAAUAACUGAGUUAAAUUAGAGAAAUAACAUUGUCUUCCCCAUUAAUUUACUGCUAUCCACCCAUCCGUUGUCUUUGCCACCUGUUCAGAAAAUAAAAACUAAAUGUAGGCUAUCAUAUUAUUAAGGUCCUUCAAAGAAGCAGGACCUUAAUAAUAAAACUCCCCAAUACAUUUCAGGGUAACAGGACAAACAACAACUAAGGAACAUUUUGAGGGACUAGUGAGGAAUCUGGAAUACCUGGAGAGAAACAACAAGGGGAACGUGCAAACUCCAUGAAGAAAGACUUCGAACCCUCAACCUUCUUGCUGCAAAACAGUGAUACCCAGAUGCUAUUUACUGUAUGGUAUUCAUUCAUUAAAUAAUGGGAAGUGAAUUAUGUGAGCGUCCUUGUUAGCUCACCACAGUAAACAAUGAAAUCUGACACCUUAAGCACCCCACCCACAAAAAAUCUUACUCAGGGGCCAUCAUAAAUUCUGCAAAUUACAAUCUGAAUCUGUACAUGUCAUUUAUGUAACUACCAAAGAAAGUCUCAAAAUUUCAAAUCGCAUACGCAAUCCAAACAAACCACUCUGUGACCAACGCUGAGGGCCUUUAUUUAUCUGAGUCAUUC